AUGGUUAAGCCAUAUCAUACGGAUUGGUCAUUCAAACUAAAUGAUGCUUUAUGGGCUUACCAAACAGCUUUUAAGACUCCAAUUGGUAUGUCACCUUACCGUCUCGUCUAUGGUAAAGGGAAGCUUCAACUAGCUGAGCUUGAAGAAUUGUGUAAUGAUGAUUAUGAGAGUGCUAAGCUUAAGUCACAUUGGGAGGGUCCAUAUAUGGUUAUUUCUAUUGCGCCUUAUGGUGCAAUUGAAAUACAAGAUUACAAGACUGGACAAGUGUCCAAAGUUAAUGGAAAAAGGUUAAAAGCCUACAUUGAGAGUAGUGUGCAGAGAGACACAGUGGAGGCAGUAAAACUUCAUGAUCCUAUUUACUUGGACUAG